UCAGUUGUGUAUUUUUCCUUAUUCGAGGGAUACUCUGUUGUAUUGUCGAGCAUGUUAUUUUUGCCCCCGGGACAGUAGUGUUGGAAUACUUGGAUCCAUAUGUUGUUUCACUCUUGGCAGUAAUUUGAACAAAAGCCGAGGACACUUUUUGUGUCAAGAUGGGAAACAAAGGAUUCGCAAGCCUUCGUCCGGUCUUUCUCCUCGUUUGCAUUUUUCUGAUGCUGCAUCUCGUUCAUGGAGACCUGAGUUAUUCUGUUCCAGAGGAAACUAAACGAGGAUAUGUUAUUGGAAAUAUAGCGAAGGAUCUUGGUAUUGAUUUGAGGACACUGUCUUCCCGACAGGUCCGUGUUGAUUUUGGUGCAAGUCGGAAAAGAUACGGUGACAUGAAUCUGAACACCGGAGAUUUGAUCACAUCUGAGAGAAUUGACAGAGAAAGCCUUUGUGGCAAUAAACCGUCGUGCGUUUUGAAAGCAGAUUUAGUGUUAGAAACCCCUUUGGAGCUUCAUCGUGUUACACUUCAUGUUCAAGAUGUAAACGACAACGGCCCGCAAUUCAACGAUGAUUUGAUUGAAAUGGAAAUAAGAGAGUCAGCUGAGAAGGGUAACCGUUUCUCCAUUGAGGAGGCCCACGACGCAGAUAUAGGUCAAAAUGCGGUUCAAAGAUACAGCCUUCUAAAGAACGACUAUUUUAUUAUGGCUGUUGAUAGUAACAAGGUUGAACUUGUUUUGGAAAAUAAACUCGAUCGAGAGAAACAAAAAGAGAUGAAUUUGCUUCUGACAGCUUUGGAUGGUGGUUCUCCUCAGAGAUCAGGUACCGUAGUCAUACACGUCACUGUGCUGGAUGCUAAUGAUAACGCCCCAGUGUUUAGCCAGACCGUCUAUAAAGCCAGUCUGCCUGAAAACUCUCCUCCUGAUACUGAAGUGAUUAAUAUCAGUGCUACUGAUGCAGAUGAAGGCGUGAAUGGAGAUGUAACGUAUCAGUUUGGUCACGUGUCUGAUAAUGAUAUAAAUGUGUUUUCUAUUGAUUCUAAAACGGGAGUAAUCACAUUAACUGGUCAGGUUGACUUUGAAGAAAUCAGUUCUUUUGAAAUGAGAGUGAAGGCUAAGGAUGGUUUAGGACUAACGUCAUAUGCUAAAGUUAUAAUAGAUGUUCAUGAUAUUAAUGAUAACGCUCCAGUUAUAUACCUGAAAUCGCUAACUAAUCCCGUACCUGAGAACGUGUCACCUGGUACAGAGGUGGGCAUCGUUAACGUGCAGGAUGAAGAUUCGAACAUUAACCAAAAUGUCCACUGCUCCAUUCAGCAAAGUGUUCCUUUUAAAUUAGUUCCUUCGAUUAAAAACUAUUAUUCUCUAGUGACAACAGGACAACUGGACCGUGAACUAGUGUCUGAUUACAACAUUACAAUCAGUGCCACUGACGAGGGCUCUCCACCUCUGUCCUCCUCUAAAACUGUUCAGUUAUCUGUAGCUGACAUCAACGACAACCCACCUGUGUUUGAGGAACAAUCCUACAGCGCAUAUGUGAAUGAAAAUAACAAACCUGGCUCCACUUUAUGUUCCGUGACUGCUCGAGACCCCGACUGGAGACAAAACGGUACAGUGAUUUAUUCUCUGUUACCUGGUGAGGUGAACGGUGCCCCGGUGUCCUCCUAUGUGUCAGUUAACGGAGACACGGGGGUGAUCCACGCUGUGAGAUCGUUUGAUUAUGAACAGUUGAGGAACUUUAAAGUCCAGGUGAUGGCCAGAGACAACGGUUCUCCUCCACUCAGCAGUAACGUGACCGUCAGUGUCAUCAUAUCUGAUGUGAACGACAACUCUCCUCAGAUACUGUAUCCCGCCCUCGAGGGCAACUCCUUCAUGACUGAGCUGGUCCCCAAAGCUGCACACGGAGGCUCUCUGGUGUCCAAAGUGAUAGCAGUGGACGCGGACUCCGGACAGAACGCCUGGCUGUCCUAUCAUAUAGUUACAGCCACUGACUCGGGACUUUUCACUAUUGGUGUCCACAGUGGAGAGAUCAGGACACAGCGGGAUAUUUCAGAUUCUGACAGCAUGAAACAGAACCUUAUUGUGUCGGUGAAAGAUAACGGACAGCCCUCUCUCUCUGCCACCUGCUCCAUGUAUUUAAUUAUUUCUGAUAACUUGGCUGAGGUGACAGAACUGAAGGACAUUUCUUAUGAUGAGAAGAAUUCCAAACUGACAUCUUAUCUGAUCGUCGCCCUUGUGUCCGUGUCCACUUUUUUCCUGACCUUCAUCAUCAUCAUCAUGGGUGUGAGGUUUUGUCGCAGGAGAAAGCCCAGACUGUUGUUUGACGGAGCAGUCGCCAUCCCCAGCGCGUAUCUCCCUCCCAAUUACGCAGAUGUUGAUGGCACAGGAACUUUACGCAGCACUUACAAUUAUGACGCCUACCUGACAACAGGUUCUAGAACGAGUGACUUUAAGUUUGUGACAUCUUACAAUGACAACACACUGCCUGCUGACCAUACUCUGAGGAAAAGUCCCAGUGACUUUGUUGAUCCGUUUGAAGACUUUGAGACCUCUGAGGUAGGGGCUUAA